AUUGAUAAUUGCAACGUUGUUACUUCAGUAUUAAAUCCAAGGAAUAGAACUCGGUAAAGAAUUAUCGAACUUCCAUGUCCACACCACAUAGAGCUCACGUGCUAGGAGGUUGAAACUUAUUCUGAGCCGUCCUAAGAUUAACACCUACUGAGGAAGGCGAUAGGCCUCCAGAACAUUUUAAAUUUGUAUGACCUCUUUUUCUUUGCAAACCGUGAAAUUGUUGCUUCAACUGAUGUUAAUGCGUCGAGGAUAAAUAUGAAAGUUUAUGCAGGAACCAACUUUAAGUGCACUGGAACAAACUUCAAGUCAAAAAGAUGCACUUUCAAUUUUGGCCCGACAGUCGCGAGUGAGCGUUUGCAUCGAGGUAAGGCAAGAAGCAGCGAUUGUUUGGUGGACUGAAGAGACUCAUUGGAUUACAGGCGCGCCUAUUUGUGAGUAUAUUGGCCGACUCCGUGCACUUUCUCGUGGGUGAAUUUAAGGGCCCGCUUAGCACUGGCACUUACAGAGAUGAGGGUCAUCUACUGGACACUGAUACUUCUACCUCUACUCUGUGGAGUUCAGUCCACAUCUUCACUCUUCAUGAACGCAGUUGCCGGAAACGCCGACGUUGCCUUGUGACCGGCAUCUCGCGCUCCACGUGAUCCUCUAUCUGCUGACAUGGCAGCUUCCAUCUCCACAUAUCACCUUGAAGAGCUAAGAAGUUCAGAUGCGCACGGGAUACGUGCCCUCGACAAGGAAAUUGUGACGAGUUUGCCAAAGCUGGGCAAGUUUAUUUCGACGGGUCUCCAGAGGCUAGCGAGCCCGACGCAAGUUUCUACUGCAGUUGCUGUCACGGAAAAUUUGAAUAUUUUUCCUAUCCGAUCGCGGCGCCCGCAGUCAUGGCGCAAUGCAAAGAGAAUCAAACGAGAUAAAAGUAUGGGCAAGAAAUUCCACAGAAACCAUGGAUUAUUUAUUAAUUUCAACAAAGGGCACCAUGCUGGAGACGAUCAUUACACAGCUCUUGCGCCAAAGGCCUUACCCGUAGCUGAAGCAGCCAUUACCGACGUCGAAGUCUCCGUAAAAACAACAACUCCUUCAAUAGAGUCUUUGAUGCCGUCAAAAAUAAUCCCUUCUCUCCCUCCUCAUCUGCGUGACAUGACCACGACCACGCCGCUGCCCGCCGUAUUUUUCAACAAUAGUUUCAUCAGCAACGUGACUGCACAGCUCGGACAGUCCGUAUUUUUGCCUUGCAGGACCAAACAUUCCAGCGACAGGAAGUUUAUCCCACAAGUCUCGUGGGUGCGGCGAAGAGACUGGCACAUUCUGACGUCUGGAACAGUCACGUACACUAAAGAACAGCGCUACGACGUUCAUCACCCUGAGGGAAGCACUGAGUGGACGCUGGUCAUCAAAUACGUGAAGCUGCAAGAUGCUGGAACAUACGAAUGCCAGCUCAUGAGUGGAGGUGGUCUGGUAUCACACCUGGUGCACUUGACUGUGGUGGAACCAAAGGCCGUGAUACCUGGCAACGGAGAGUACCAUGUCGACUCUGGCACUACCAUCUCACUUACUUGUUACGUAGAGCAGAGUCGCGUGGCGCCGUUGUACAUUUUCUGGUACCACGACUCGCGCAUGAUCAACUACGACCAGGAGCGCGGUGGUGUGGUCGUUCACAUGGAAACGGAGCCUCGCGUCAUGUCGCGUCUCACCAUCGCCGACGCCCGACCCUCCGACUCAGGCAACUACACAUGCGACGCAGACAACACGCUGGCUGAUAGUAUCUCCGUAUAUAUCACUGCAGGUAACAAAAUCGCUGCGUUACAUCCUCGCGACGUCGAUGUCGCGGCUCCGCUGUACAUCUGUCGCUUCCUCGUGCUGGCCUUGGCAGCCCUGCCGCUGAUGCUCCGACACUUCCUCGAAUUUUGUUUCGGGUUCCAGCAUUUGAAAUUCAAAGGCAAAAACCUAGAGCGGUGCAACUAUUGUCAGCGUUCAGAUUUUACCGCAGAAAGAACAUCUAUUUGCGGAUCAGGAGCUGACCGCCGCCUUGGAGAGAAUAAUUUAACGCUCGUUGUGGGCACCGCGACUUCAACGUGACAUUAAACGCUGUGUUAUCCUUCAUGGAGAUAUCGGCUUACCAUUAACAUUGAAGUUGGGGCUCCGGGUAAACCUGGUGCUGAGUACUUCAGUGAAAAUACCAGCCAAUUCAAUAUUAUCAUUGGUGGGAUAGACGAGAGAGGAAUUCAAAAUGUUGGAACUUCUUAAUAAUAGAAUUAACUGAACAAUCAAUAAUCAUAUUGAAGAACUGAAUAAAUUUAAGCUUAAAUCUUUAUUAUUCGGCCGUCAAUAUAUCAAAUUUUGUGUAAAUAUUUAUUUUUCGUACUGAAUAAGCAUUGACUAAAACGUCUCGGCGUCAACAAAUAAAUAAUUAGAUUUUACUAUAAGUCAGCAAGCUACAGUGCAUAACCAGAAAAUCGUUGUAAAAAAAAUAUUUUUUCGAGUUACGUAUUCGUGGGGUCAGUUUGCUGUAAAAAUUUGUGUACAAAUGUGAAUUUAUCUAUUAAGAUCACGAUGAUAAAUAAUACUGCUAAGUUAUGAAGUGGUCAUUGAGUAAAUACCCACGUUUCGGAUUUGUAACUCAACUAGUCUCUCCUUGCUUCUCUCGCUUAAUCCUGGCUAAAUCUAACGAUCAAAUCGAAUGCAGGUGCCGUGAGCUCCAUGUAUAUUGUCGAACAUUCAUAUUCUUCUCUCGGACCAAGUUACCUAUUUACUCACUAUUUGUCAAUAACAAUCACAAACGUUCACAUCUCAUUGCAAAAAAAAAAAAAAAAAGACUUAAUAAUUAAACUAGUGAUCGGGAAUUUUUUAUGCGCAAUUGCAAUAUAACCAAUGUUUUACGUGAUUGAGUACCGAUUGUACCGAGUACCUAUUUGUACACCGAUUUGUUGGAAGCUGCAAUAAACUGCAUAUAGUUAGCUUGCUUUCUGUACAGUGUAUACUGUUAAUUUCUCUGUUAGUGCUGUGUACUCGUCAAUAACACAUGUGAAUGGCACAAUUUUCGUCAGGAAUUUCCUGGAAAUUCUGAUGCGUCAGGAUAUGAAUUUAAAAGUGUCAUCAAAAGGGCAUUCGUGGAGGAGCAAACGGUGUUUUCCGCCAGAUAUUUCACCGUGUCAACGAAUUUUUCAAAACAUCCUAACGUAAUUUGCCAUGCAGUCUCGUCAUUUAUUAUACCGUACUCAAUCCAU